AUGACGUACACAGUCUCCGAGAUAACUGAUCUACGAAUCUAUCCCAUCAAAUCAUGCCGUGGAAUAUCUUUUCGAUCUGCGAAAUUGACCAGACAAGGGUUAGAGUUGGAUAGACGGUGGAUGUUCGUCGAUAGCAAAAAUAAAUUCAUCACCAUUCGGUCCAAGCCACAGAUGACAUUGAUCAAUACAGCUGUCGACCAAGACUCAGACAGCCUCGUCAUCACCAUUGAACACGACACCGAGAAACAAGUCAAGGUUCCAAUUCACCCGGACCAAGAAUGGCUAGACGCCAACACCAAUAUCGUAUCCGUGGAUAUCUGGGAGCACAUCACCGAUGCAUAUGCGUACACCGAUCCUGAGAUGAAGAGUCUCUUCUCCGACUUCUUCGGUGAAGAUGCGACUUUGGUGAUGAAGGGUCCCGAACCCAGAAUAUGCCGUGGGAAUGGAGAUCCAUCGCGGCUAGGACGUCAGGAGAGCGUCAACUUUCCCGACGUGCUACCUAUCCAGAUUGCAUCCGAGUCGUCACUGGCAGCACUGAAUACCGGGUUGAAAGAGCGAGGCGAGAAAGAGAUCACAAUUGAGCGCUUCCGGCCAAAUAUCAUUAUCAAAGGUGGCGAACCAUGGUCCGAGGAUGAAUGGAAGACGGUGCGCAUCAAUGGAGAUUCAUCAUUGUUCACCACAAUGGUGGGUGGCAAUCGAAACGCUAUUGACAUCGACGUCGUCGCCAGGUGUGCCCGUUGUACAGUGCCAAAUGUCAACCCGGAUACGGCAGAGAAAAAUCCACACGAGCCAUGGGAUCUAUUGGUUAGUUUUCGAAGAAUUGACGAAGGCAUAAAAUUCAAGCCUUGUUUUGGGAUGUUGUGCUGUCCUAGGAAUGAAGGCAACAUUGAGGUAGGCAUGCGAUUCGAGGUGAUGGAGGUCACCCAAGCGCAUAGAUAUGUCAAAGGCUUCUGA